AUGAAGAGUAUACUUUCAAAUCAAGCUCCUCAAAGCGAACUAGAGAGGUUUUUGAUUGAGCAGCAUGAGGCAGUUUACAGGAGUUCGUGGACAAAGCCUUUGGGCAAGGGUCUUACCAGGGGGCUUCGCCUUUCAGACGCGGCAAAAGCGCCAGGUUUCCGCUUUGGCAUCAAACAAACGACUGACGAGACAAAUGCUGCUAAAAAGCUCAUCUUCCCGCGAAACUCGCCGUCGAACUCCGAACAGGACGAAAAACUCUACCAGAAAACGCAUCAUGACUAUCCCCCCCGCCAGCCCGUCGACCGCCACCACGCGGUGGAGCAUAUUGACCUUCAUAAUUUCCGUUUCGGCAAAUCUUAUGUGAGGGAAGUUGAUGGGGCAAAACAGUGUCUGUCAGUCACUGAAGUCACUGAGGGGACUAGGGAUGAGGCGUCCAAAGCCGUUGAAGACUAUCGUCGAAUUUGCUACCCAGACGUAGGCAAGAAGGCGCUCUCGGUGGCAGGGAACCCGGAUGUUCCUGCCGACUUUGCUUUUGGGCUCGCAACGCGCCACGAUCUUUCAAGCGUCGCGGAUUGUCUUAAUGGUUUUUACUCAUUAGCUGAGCAGCAACCUGACGUCGAUCUAGGCAGAUCCCGCGCACACCGAUCUUUAGCAGCACGCAUCGCGUUACAAGACGGUUCCACGGGAGUCAGCCUGAUGAAUUCACCUUCACAGCGAUCGUCUGCAUUUCAGAGCGCCAUGUCAAACCCCGCUUUUCAAGCGCAAAAAGAUAGGCGUUUCGGAGUUCCAAGUAUUCGCACGGACAUUGCACCGCCCAAAAAAAGACGAAUCGAUGACUGUGUAAACUACGAUGACGAACUCUCCGUCGGGCAGCUUUUGACGCCGGCGCCCUUUGAGGCGUGGGGCGUCUUAGACCAAGCUUUUCUGAUUCCGCGAACUCGACUGAAGCUUCUCGAUCUCGUGCGGAAAUCUGUGGGACUGUCUUACGCAGACAAGCCCACUCUAGAGCAAGCAGUCGAUGCUGCCUUGGGGAGGAAGGAGAAAGAACAGUUGACAGCCAACGAAGGGGAAAAACAGGAAGUGAUGGCUUCUCUCAUGGACGUUCUGGACGUUUUCACACGAACGCUCGACGAACGAAUCGCACAAGAGACUUGCAGCUUGACCCAGACGGAUCGUCUAACGCUUCAAUUCUGA